AUGAUACAAUCUGAUCGUCAACCGGAAACAUUUAUCGAGUUUUUGUCAUGUCUUCACAGGGCAACUCAACACCAUUCAUUCACGAGCGCAACAACAACAAUCAAAUCAUUAAAUUCAACACCACCAAAUCCAUCCGUGCGAAUCGAUCGAAUGAAAUAUAUUCAUGAUAUUCAACAUUGUACUCUUUUCAAACAAUUGUUUCGGCCGGCUAGUUCUACAUCCCAACAACAUUCUCUUCGAUUUAUUUAUGAUUUAUAUUUCUUGUCCCUAGGCUUGAGGCAAUGUGUCUUGUUGGAUUACAUGAUGUUUGCAAAGGAAGAAAAAUUAUGUCAAUUAUUAGUUGAUUUUUCAAAAGAAUGGAAUCAACAAUCAUUAGAUCAUACGACACGACUAGGAUUGAUGAAAAUUGAGUUUGUGACAUUGUUGGGAGGGAAUUGGGAAGAGAUGACAUUCACCUAUUUGAUUAAUGAGAAGCAAUUACGAACCAGAGCUGAACAAAUAAUUUCACACGAAAGACUAAUGCCGAUAGAGAAACGAUUGUUUGUCAAUAUUGACUGCUUAGAAGCCGAAAAUACACCUGUUCCAUGUAUAGAGUCAUCUCAUCGGUUGAAUGACAUUGAUGCAUUCUCGAAACAAAUAUUUAAGGAAAUUUGUCUACGAGUAUUUGGCAAUUGUGACCAUCAGUCACAAAACCCUCAAGGUUCAACAAGUGUUGAUUUAAAAUUCCUGAAGGAAUCCUUUGAAAGCAACAUACUUUCAUUCAUUCCGUUUGAUGCUACCAUGAUGAAUGCUCUGCUACUGAACUAUCCAAUUAUUCUCUUUUAUGGCUCUCGCUUUAACACGUUGAGUGACAAAACGGACUUUGUGGCAAAUCAUUGCUUGAAUCAUUUAAAUCUUCAACGGUAUUCCUUGCACUCCUCACUAUUGGUGGAUGAUCCAUAUAUUUUGCAAUUUGUAAUUCCAACCGAGUUGUACGAAGAAAAUCGUUCUGUAUUCGACAGCUGCAUUGCUUCAUGGCUUGAAAAUGUAAAGACCUGUGUGAAUAGCACACACGAAAGAAAUGCUCUAUACUUGAAAAUUGAAUCUGUGAGCCAUGAUAAUAUUGUUCUCUAA